AUGGGGGUGGUGAUGGUGGGUAAAAGCCAGAGCAAGGAGCCAGAGCAAGCGCUUCCUCCCUUAGGCCCCGUGGCAGUGGAUGCCAAAGGCUGUGUCACCAUAGCCAUCCACGCCAAGCCGGGCGCUAAGCACAAUGCCGUGACAGAUUUGACAACCGAAGCUGUGAGUGUAGCUAUUGCAGCACCUCCAUCGGAAGGAGAGGCUAACGCUGAGCUCUGUCGGUAUCUCUCCAAGGUCUUAGAACUCAGGAAGAGUGAUGUGGUUUUAGAUAAGGGCAGUAAAUCUCGUGAAAAAGUGGUGAAGCUUUUGGCCUCCACAACUCCAGAGGAGGUCUUGGAGAAAUUGGAAAAGCAAGUUGAAAAAAAAAUAAAACCUCACUUUGACCCAGGGAUCUGGAGGUGGAGUAGACCACCAGUAGGCCUGGCGAAUCCUGGCAUGGAAAGAGCCCUGCUUUCAGAGGCAGCGAGGGACCUUGGACAAUGACCAGUUUAAAGAUGGUUAAACUGAGGCUGAGGAGGGCAUAUGAUUUAUUCAAGGGCACAGCUGCCACGCUAAGCGACUUUACUGCGGCUGACAGCCCGGGCUCUCCGACUGCACAGUGGGAGUGGACCCCCGGAAGGCAGAGGCUCUGUUCCGG